GUCAGCACUCAUUUUGGCUAUAGACUUUUUGCCGGACUGCCGCGCUACGCCAAACGUAAUGCAACAGCGUCUAAGCACACGCGAACAGGUCUCAAGACGCGUACUUAAAUGCCGACAAAACUCAGUUGCAGCGGCGCGCGCUCGCGCAUCCAUUUUUGCUGCAGCGCAGUUUCAUCGCCCGCCAAUAUUUGUGUUCGUCGCACGCGCGGCGCGCGGCUAGCAACCGCGACUCGUAACACACGUGCACAGCAACCGGUCAGCCGCGCGCGCCCACGAAACCGCCGCAUCCGAUCGCCGCGCGCCACACGUCGCCCGCAUCACCGCGAACCCCCACAGGCAUCGAAACAAUGGCGGCCUUCGAAGCGCUCACCGCGCUCUACACGAAGGCCACGUCCGAGGAGACGUCGGACGCGCGCUCCGCCGCCGCCGCCGAGCUCGCUUCUGGAGUCGAGGCCGCGGGCGUCGCGAGCAUCAUGUCCAUGGCUUUGCCCGCCAAGGUCAUGGCGUCCUUAGGAGAAGCGAAGAACGUCGCCGCGCGCGAGGGCGCCGUGCUCGUCUGCCACGCGCUCCACACGAAACUCGGCCUCCACUUCGAGCCCUACAUGCUCCUCGUCCUCCCCGCGCUCAUUGAGAGAUUCGACGACAAGGUCAAGACCGUCGCGAACGCCGUCGACGCCUGCCUCUCGGCCUUCGUCCAGGCCGUCAACCCCUACGCCGCCGCUACCUUACUCCCCUUCCUCUUCGCCGGCAUGGGCACGAUCUCCUGGAAGACCAAGGUCGGCUGCCUGAAACUGUUAGGUACCUUGGCCCACACGGCGCCGACCCAGAUCGGCCAGCUCCUCCCCGAGGUCGUCCCCAAGGUCACCGAGAACAUGUGGGACACGAAGCCCGAGGUCAAGCAGGCCGCCAAGGCCUGCCUCGGCGAGUGCUGCACGGUCAUCCACAACCCCGACGUCCAGCCCAUCGUGCCCGUGUUGAUUAGCGCGAACGCGAACCCCAAGGAGAACGUGUCGGCUCUGGAUCGGUUGAUGGGCACGACCUUCGUGUCGCAAGUGGACAGGCCGACGUUAGCUAUUAUUGUGCCCGUACUUGGAAGGGGUCUCCGCGACCGCGACGUCCAGACGAAGCGAAAGUGCUGCGUCGUCGUCGACAACAUGUGCAAGCUCGUCUGCGACGCGAAGGACGUCGAGCCCUUCGUCGACAAGCUGCUGCCGGAACUCAAGAAGGUCGAGGAGGACGUCCCGAUCCCGGAAAUCAGAGCGUACGGCGCCAAGGCAAAAGCGACGCUCGUCAAGGCGAUCAAGGACGGCGGCGGCAAGGUGCCGCCCGAAUAUGAGUAGAUGUACGAUCCCCCUCUCCCCCCGCAAGUCUAGGUUCAUGUUCUCGUA